AUGGGUACAAGUUGUAGUAUUCAGGUAGUGAGGCGUAGGAAUGGAGUAGGAAUAUUAGUGGAUGAAAAGCUUAGGGAGCAGGUAGUGGAGGUUAAUAGGGUUAAUGAUAGGGUAAUGGCUAUUAAGUUGGUCAUUGGGGGUUUUACGACGCACGUUUGUAAUGCUUACAAGCCACAGGUGGGCCUGGUCGAGGAGGGGAAGAGGAGUUUUUGGGAGGUCUUGGACGAGGUGAUUCGAGGCAUGCCUAGUUCGAAAAAGCUCUUUCUAGGAGGGGACUUCAAUAGGCAUAUCGAGUAUUUGCCAAUAGGAUAUGAUGAUAUACAUAGUGGCUUUAGUUUUGGGGAUAGGAAUAAUGAGGGUACUUCUCUGUUGGAUUUUGCUAAGGCCUUUGGAUUGGUGGUAGUGAAUUCCAGCUUUUCAAAGAAAGAAGAGCAUCUGGUUAAUUUUCAUAAUAGGAUAGCCAAGACCCAGAUUGACUUUUUGCUGCUUAGGAAGGAGGAUAGAGCUUUGUAUAAAGACUGUAAGGUUUUUCUAAAUGAGAAUCUUGCGACCCAAUAUAGACUUCUGAUGAUAGAUUUGGUUAUUAAGAUAGGCAAGAAAAGAAGAGGUGGGGAGGGUCGACCUAGAGUUAAGUAG